AGUGUGUGUGCAGCAAUCUAGCAGGCAAUUUAGGCCAGACCUCAUGGUUUACUGUCAGUUUGGACUUUUCAAAGCGUCAAUUAGCAAACAUCAAUUUUUAAUCCGCCCUUUAUUUGUUUGCUCAACUUGCACACUAACCAAUUACUGCUAUGGCACCCUGAGAAAAUAUGCUUGUGAUUCUGAGCCACUCAUACACAUCAAGAGCGUCCUGCCAAGAGUGUGUCUCUGCUCCAAUGUAUCAAUUAGAAACGUGGCUGUACUGUUGACUUCGCAAGUGUCUGAGCUGAUAUGAGGUUAGGGGAAACCGUUCGGAUGUAUUUUGAGGUCCCUUAGGGGACUGCAGGGACUUGUGGGAAGAUGACCUGAUUUCUAAUUUUCUCCUCUCCUGCCUGGGCUGUGGGUUUGUCGCUGCUACGAACAGAGAAGCCCAUGAAAGGAGUGUGAUAGUUAUGAUCCGAGUCGGACCUAUUUGGAAUAUGGCCUCGCUUUUUGCGUAAAAUCCGGAUUUGUGUUGAUGGAUACAGGUGUGGCUGUGAUUCUCUGCCAGUAGAUUCAGGUGAGCAGCCAUGGCUAACCUGCAGCAGGAAUACCCCGGAGUCCUUCUGGGGAUCUUGGAGGAACUGGCCAAUAUGCGUCAGUGGCUAUCUUUCCAGGACCUUUGUCGGAUGGUCAGCACCCGCUUUGACCUGGAGCACCUUGUUGAGCUCAGGAGUUUGCUGUUUGCUGCUGCCAGCAGGGACCCCUGUUUUCCGGCCACUCUGUUCAGAGACCGGGUUUCCACCAGAGGCCAGGGGCUAUCACCCAUAGGCGUUGCUGCUGACAUAGUAACUAUCUUCAAUCUUAUUCAGAUGACGGGUGGGGUUUCUGAAGACAGCCAACCAAUGAGAGCGCAGACAGUCCUCCCUGUCGACCAGUCCCCAGGCCCCAGUCUGCCUGGAAUCCACCAGCUGAUCAUUCCUGGUCGAGAAAGACCUCGCGCUCACUCCGACUCCAGUGGCGCGUCCAUCGACCAGCACUUGCUGCUUCCAAAAUCAAAUUACUCUGCCCGCAAGCGAGCAAGUCUUCCCCCGGAUCCCAUUUCACUCGUGUCUUCCCCUCCUAUCAGGGCGAGGGCUGUGUCUUUCGACCUGCCUCACACCACACUCUUGUACCCUACUGGGCAAAUCCCCAACGAGGUUAUGAAGAAUAUCUACCUGCCUUUGGACACAGACAGUGAGUCUAGUGGAGAUUCUGCUCCCAUGGAGGUGUUUGAAGAUGAACCGGGAUCAUCAGUCGACCAGAGGAGAAACAUCUUUAGGAGGGACUUCCACAACCAGCCGCCUCUAAUACCACAGGUGACUGUUAGCAGUGAGUCUCCCAGUCCCAACAAAGCAAAAGGCUUCGACAAUCACAGCUUUGAAAUGAUCCCAAAUCCUUACCCGUCACCCACAACAGUUCACCAAUCGCCAGAGCAGCGGGCUAAACAUGAGAGCAUUGAUGACCUACAGGACUCAACUUAUUUCGGACCUGGGGCAGUACCAGAGUCAUCCCCCCGGCACCUUCAACCAUCCAGGCCAAAAAGGCAGAUCUGGAGCAAUAAGAGUCACAGUCUAGAGGACCGGAUAGGCCUGGGCAGCAUUGGGAUGGGGAUGGAAUCACAAGGGGGACAAUUUCCAAGACGAUCGACCCCUGCAAUCAGCCAUCUGGGGGGGUCUUCAGGGGCUGAGAGUGGGGAUAGUGGACUACCAGGUGGAGGUGAUGGACUCAAGGCUCAGGGAACACAGACAGACCCACCAGACCCCCGGCGACUCCGUAGCCUGGUUCAUGCUGAUCGCCUCUCCUUCAUGACCUCACUAGAUGACCCUGAGUUUGGUGAGGAUGACAUCAGUGCAAUCUUUCGUUUCUUGGAUGACAUAAGCAUGUGUGGUUCCACUGGAGUUCUGCAUCCCAAUGAUGGCUCCGUUAACCAGGACACACCUGAGGCCAGACGUGGCCGUCUAGGUCAGCUCCAAAGGCUCUUUCACUCCCUGGAAAGCAGUGACGACGGGCUUAAGGCCAGUGUCUGUAAACUGCUGCUCCGUAUGGGCCAAAUAGAAAGACAGCUGGAGUCACUGAACGACGUGAAGUCUGAGAUCUCCCAGGUGCUCUCUGCUUUGCAGCGACUGGAUGAAAAGAUCCAGCAGCCUAUCAGCAGUGCUGGACAAGGGACCGGCGGGAGAUGGCUUGAACCCCUCAGCGGUGUCUCCUCUUUUAUGAGUCACCCUUUAACUCCUUCUGACUCAUCAGACCCUCAACCUCUGUCUGUAUCUGGGCAUCUCUUUCCCGGAACCAGCACAAGUAGUUUGGACUGGAGCCGAUGGAACACACCUGCGGAUCAAACAGAAAGCAGCAAAGGCCAGGCAGAUUCUAAGGUGACAAAAGAAGGGAAGAAAGAUGCACCAUCUCGUCGUGCCUCCAAAACCCAGCCUGAAGAGAAAGGCGUAUCCGACUCCAAACAGCUGAAUGUCGCUGACUCUGCAAGGGACUGGACAGUGUCAUUCUCAAAAAGUAAAGAUGGCAAAUCUUCACAAAAGAAAACUGGACAGGGUGAUCAAUCAAGCAGCACCACUAACCUACUGUCCCAAAAGCCCACCACUCUUGUGGAACAAGUGUUUAACUCGUCCCUAUUCCGCCAUAAAGACAGCAGCCUGACAGGGGGACUAACCUCUGGGAAGGUCAUGGACCCCAGAUUGGCUGAGGGGAGGGGAAGGCCUAUAUGGACUGUAGAUGACAGAGAGGCCCGAAUCUCACCUUUGGAUUUACAGACUCAGGACUCUCUGAACCCUAACAACAUGGAGUUCUGGAUGGACGACAUCUACACUCCAGGCUAUGAUGCUCUACUCAGGCGCAAGGAGGCAGACCUCCGCCGGGCCAAGAUCUGCAAGCUGCUUGCACUCAUUGCCACUGUGGUGGCCAUCAUUCUCAUCAUCGUCAUUCCCAUUUGCACAAUGAGCUAAUGAGGACCGUCACAGAAAGCCCACAUUGCCUAUUUUCAUUUAAUGUACUUGCUCAUUUUCUGCAGCUAUGUGUUGAACCCAGGAACUUAAACACCAUGCUAAUGGAGAUCAGUAGAAGAGGGACUGUGACACAAGGACUUGGUACCACUCAGUACCGCCUUACACUUCUCUGCAUGUAGCACUGUUAUUUAUUACUUGAGAAAAGCAGGAGGACUUGAACUUUGAAAUUACACCUCAGUCAUUCUCUCAUAUAGUUACAAAAAACUGUAAGCCAUCUCCAAUGCCAAGCCUUCUUCUCCCAUUUGCUUUGACUUAUUUUAUGAUUUAUGUUUUUUAAAUUAGUAUGUGUGUUUGAAAAACAAUAUAUUAGCACCGAAAGGUUUUAAGCAAUUCUAAAAUAACUCUAAAAACAUAUGUUGAAACUAGUAAUACUGAGCCAAUGCAAAAUGUCUACUUUUUUUUUUUUUUGCUUUCUCAUUUUCUCCACACUUUUCUGAGAAAUAGCACUGUUACAAAUGCAUUGUGAAUUAGCUUCAAGCACUGAGCACUGCCUGACUCUUGAGAACAAUACAGGGCUUAUUUCAUUUCUAUGUCAGAUAAUAGUUUCAUCACUACAUGUUUUCCAUCUACACUUUAUAAUUAGUACUGGACUGUGUGGACAGGAAUCUUUUUAUUUUCUUUUAGUUGAAAGGUUCUUGUACUUCCUUUAAGCAACAAGAUACACUGCUCAAACAAGCUUCAAUCAAUAAAAAUAAUAUUUUUAUAGAGUUCUCUCCCAUUUUUCAAACUGGAAAACAUGAACUGUGUGUGUAAUCCACUUGUGAAUGUGUCUGAUUUGAGGGGCAGAGUGUUUACCAAGUGUCAGGUUUCAAGAAAUGAAAGAUUGUUGUUGUUGAUGACACUUUGGCCCUGGAGCAGUAAAGGAAAGAGGGAGACGUCUUCCAGUAAACACUUUCUGAGUGGGAGAUUCCACUUGUAAUUCAAUUGAUAUAAUGUUUGGAGUGCACCACGGCACAUUAUCUUUUGACAGUAUUCACUUUGCCAGAGCUUUUCCACAUAUUUGCAGACUCACUUAGCACCAACAGAUGUAUCUGGCAUCCUUUUACUUGUCAAUGUUGCGAUAUUCCAUUUUGUAAAAACAUCUUAUCAGCUGAAGAUGUCUACUUUUGGUGUCAGACUACUAAAUCCAUAGGGGGUGACACAAAAUAUGUACACCUGUCAAAUAUAACGGAAUACAACCAAAAAACGCUAUUGUUGUAAAGCUAGUAUAGGUCAGUUUUUGCUGUCAGAGUGGUGCUGAUUGAACUGUAAUGUAAGGCUGUAAUGUAAGGUGUGUAUAUAAUGUGGUCAAAGCAUGAGGUACGCUUCCAGUACACUGUAAUCUAAUAGAAACCCAUCAGUUACCACAGCCUCAAAAUGAGCAAAUAAUCAAAUUAAACACCUAAAACCACCUCCGCAAAAAUGUAACAUUUUAAGUUCCACAGUACUCUUAUGUAGGGCAGGGUUAAUUGGAUUGCAAUACAUUUUCUAGGUGUUCAUAUUACUGUGUCCACUUCCUCUGAUAUGGAUUUUUUUUUUGUAGAACAAUAGGUACACUGGAGUUAAAGGGUUAAAUCACAUACUUUGCCACAUAACUUUAAUGGGUUCCGGUCCAAUUAGAACCUUACUGCGUAUCACACCUCCCUCUUGCCCCUCAUUUUACUGUCUCCUCUGCCCCUAUCAAUAAAGCCACAAUGCAAUUUUUUAAAGUAAAGAACAGAUAAGCACUUUAAGCUGUUAAUGGUGUUUACACCAAAGUGCACAGAAACAAUGCACGUGAGCGGGAGAAGCAUUAUCAGAGAGUUUGUCAUGCCUUAAAAACUUCUCUUUGCUUUGUGUGCACAAACAUGCACAGGAUGUACAGAGGGUGUGUUCUGCUUCAGUGUGUACUCCUAAGUAGAUGUACUGCAUAUUUGCCAAGUGUUUCCCAUGAGGCUGUUUGUGGAUCCAUUACCCUUCCAAUGGUGCCACUGUGGAGGCCGGACUCUGGAGUCAGCAAAAUCCGCAGGUGCUUCUUUUGAAACUUCUGUGCAUUAGAGCAGCCUCAUUUUUUUCUCACUCCUGAGAUGCACAUACAAAUUUGAAUAUUGUUGCUGUAAUAUUAUUACACCUUUUAUACAAAUGAAAACUAGUAAUCUCAUUACUUGGGUAAACACUCUCUUGCAUAUAUAAAAUGAAAAUAUAUGACGUAUUACAGUACAACACUGUAUAUGACUGUGGGGGUGUAUACUGACUAAUGCUGCCUGUCUGAAUAAACUUGAUAAAGGGG